UUGUAUUGUUAAAUUUGAAAGUUGUUAGUUGUUAAAAAUGUUAAUAAACAAACAACAAUUUUGGAAAUGAAGUAGAAGUAAUGUUUUGAAAGUCUAUUCGCUAAUUGAAACAUGUAAAUAGGUAAUCAACCAUGAAUUGUAUAAUCCCUGGUUUAAAUUUGAAAGUUUUUGCUAGGGCUUUACAAGCUUUAGCAAAAGUGGGUGAUGAUUUAUACAUAGAAUCAUCUCAAGAAAAACUCAGUCUAGUUGCAUUAAAUGGGAGAAAAACAGUUUGUGUUAGAUGUCAUUUGUUGGAUAACUUCUUUUCAAGCUAUGAAGUUGAUAAUGAUCAGUUGAGUCAACAGACACAAACUCUUUUCUGUAAAAUGCAUCUGAAAACUUUGUUACCACUGUUCAAAGGACAACAUCUUGAGAAAAAGCUGGAAUUUGUGAAAAUUGAAUAUGAGAAACUUAGUGAUGUGAUAGUAUUCAAGAUGAAGUACAAAUGUGAUGAUAUCAUUAUGGUACAUAAACUGAGACUAAUGGAGGCUGAGUCACUAUCCAUUGGUAUACGUACUGAUCUGGGAUCAAAUAAUAUAGUCAGUAGUAGUGCCUUUUAUAAUAACUUAUUAAAUACAUUUAGUUCUUCAGAUGAUGAAAUAACAUUCGAAAUUCUCAAAGACAAGGUUGUAGUCCGGAAUUAUUGUGUAGGUGCACCAGUUCGGCCCAAGUCAGUGCGGAGUCACGUGAAUAUAAAUGGUUCAGAGUUCAUAAUUUUUCAAACAAACGAAGAAACAACCAUUAACUUUUCUUUGAAACCAUUCAGAACGGCAAUGCAAUUUGCAGAAGCAUUCAAUUUGAAUAUUGAUCUCAAUUUUGAAAAAGGAGGAAGGCCCCUCUCGAUAAUCAUGAAAAAUCCAACAUUCGAGGUGAACUUCAUUGUGGCAACCCUGAAUCCCUACAACGAUUUGCAAAGCACGAUGACCAGUUCAUCCAUUCCUGCAAAAAUCACUCAAUUGCAUAAAGGGAACAUCACUCAAGAAGAUCGGGAUGCCCUUGAAAAUGAAAACUGGAACGACAUGGACAUGGAAACUCCGAAGAAAAAAAGUUCGAAAAAGGAUAUUUUCAUGCAAACAAUCAAGAAAGCUAAACAAAGAGAUACCACUCUGAAAAAAAUACCUGAAAAUGGAAAACAAGUUGAAACACCGAAAAGUAACAAAGUAUGUGAGGUGCCAAUGGAUUAUCUUGAGUUUAACGAUGUGAUAGCACGAUCACCAGAAUCUCCGAAAACCAAAAGAGCCAAGCUCGUCUUUGGAAGGUGUUUCGAAUCGACAUUUUCCAGGAAUAACUUGGGCGAAGUUCUGGCGCCGAAUUCGGAUUCUGAAUGAAGAUGUAAAUAUGUUUUUAUUUAUUUGAAUAUAUAUUGGAAAACCUCAACAUUGUCUAAUGAAUAAUCAGGAAAGUGAACAUUUUUACGGUGACUGACUCUUGUAUAGAAGACCUCCUCGAGAUAAUAGAAACAUAAAAAAUUUCGAAAAAACACUCAAACGCAUAGCGCUUUAAUUGAUACUCGCCGCUCGCCGUACUUGCCAGAGCAGGAUCUUAUUUGUCCAGUCAGUACCUAAGUAUACUCUACAUGAGAAAUUUCACUUGAUGGAAAUAAUUUUGGUAAAUUUCCCGACAACCCAUGAGGUAUUACCAUGGCUCGUUACUUUUUAUUUGCACUUUUGUAUAUUUUUUAUAUUGAAAUAAACUCUUUUACGUUUA